AUGGUAAUCGUAGUGGAUUAUUGGUGUAAUUAUGGUGAAUUACAUGAUAAUCUUGCUGGAUUACAGGAUAAUUAUGAUGAAUUACAAUAUAUUUAUGGUGAAUUACGUGGUAAUCUUGGUGAAUUACAGUGUAAUCUUGGUGAAUUAUUGGGUUAUUAUGGUGAUUUGAAUGGUAAUUUUGGAGGAUUACGGGAUAAUUAUGGUGAAUUACAUUAUACUUUUGGCGAAUUAUAG